CGGGCAAUUAAUCAUUGAAUAUAGGACCUCUCUUCCGCUCAAGGAGCCUAUACUAUUUGGUCCAUACCUAUGAUACAUUAGCCUGGCUAUGUACGGUAAAGUUGAAUUCGGUCGUCUGUUGUCCGAUGCGCUAUACCCCGCCUCGCCAUCCUGACCUUCGCGUCUCCCCGUUACUUCCCUAGGCCUGUCAUAUAUAAAAAGCCAGCACAUUGACUCACCACUGCUAUCUCGGUUUGUGAAUUUCCAAUAUCGUUGAUUUGCCACUCCACGAAUCGCUGUCAGGGAUCCUCUGCUCACACGCGUCGACUUCAGUGCACUCUCUAUUUUCAAAAUGUCAAUGACAGUUGAGGAAGCCGGCGUCGAGCGUCCAGGCUUCCCAAAACCAUUUCCUAAUACCCCCAGCAAUGUUUUGGAACAAUUCCAGAUGAAGGGCAAAGUUACUGUUGUCAACGGGGCGGCCGACGGUAUUGGUCUGGCAGUCGCAUACGCCAUGGCCGAAGCUGGAGGAAAUGUUGCACUGUGGUACAACUCCAAUCACGCGGCCAUUACACGAGCAGAAGAGAUUGCGAAAGAAUUCGGCGUCAAGACGAAGGCGUAUCAGGUGGCUGUUGAGAACGCUGACGCCGUGGAGAAGACUAUGGAUGAAGUUGUCAACGAUUUUGGCAAGAUUGAUGUAUUUGUGGCUAACGCCGGAAUGGCUAUCUCAAAGCCCAUCCUCGAACAGACAUUGCCGGAGUACGACAAGCAAAUGUCUGUCAAUGUUAACGGCGUCGUAUACUGCGCCAAGUUCGCUGGUCAUCACUUCAAGCGCCAGGGCUUUGGCAACCUUAUCAUCACCAGCUCAAUGUCCGCGCGCAUUGUCAAUGUGCCUAUCGAUCAGCCCAUCUAUAACGGAACUAAGGCUUUCAUCAGCCACUUCGGAAAGUCACUUGCCCACGAGUGGAAGGACUUUGCCAGAGUGAACAUCGUCAGCCCUGGAUUCUUCGAUACUAAGAUGGGCGCGGGAGAGAAAGUCAUCAACGAGGCGUACAGGAUGACACCACUAGGACGACAGGGGCAUACAAAGGAAAUAAAGGGGCUUUACUUGUAUCUGGCGAGUGAUGCCAGUACGUAUAUGACCGGGAGUGACGUACUUAUCGAUGGAGGUUAUUGUCUACCUUGAGUUUUUGAAGCCUGUCACGGUAACCUUAGAGGCUACCUGACAAGCAUGGAUAUACUGCUGGCAGUAGUAUAUCUUAGAGAUGUCGCGCGCUGGCAGCCAGUUAACAGAUUAUUAGAUGGGUGGCCCGUCUGCUAGCUGAUUGGUCAAAGCAUGGCGCUAGCCACCCUUGGCGAGGGCGUGCGACGAAGCGAGAAGAUAGAUCCACGCUGGAUAGGGGGGACAGGACCUUUUCUCCUUAUCCAACGUCUUGUACCUACACGUAGAUACCGAACGCAGUAUAUUGAUCUAGCCUAC